AGGGGGAAUGCUACUGUACAUCAUCGUUUGUCUAAUUUACCAUCUGAAGUGUUAUUUUGAUCUGGUGUAAUUCUAUUAGAUUUGUAGUGGUACCGUGCGCUAAGUAAAUCGAUGUAGAGUGAAUCAAGAACGGCUUUUAGUUCUCUGCUAAUAUUAUUUUUCAGGGAGAUUGACAUACUGGUAAAUCACAUCUCCAGAAACAAGAUUCCAGUUUUUUGUUUUUUGCUUCGUCUGUAUGCCGUAUGACUGCCGUUGUUAUUUCGGCGCGAAUUCUCAGUCACGUGGAAAACCAUAUAUCUACAGCAAUAAUAGCAAAGAGCGUUUAUCCUUGUAUUCGCCUUCAUGACACGGAUCAAUAGCUGAAGAUACACGUAUAUAAAAAGAAAAUGAUGUUGUAGAUAAGGCUACGAAGAUUUCGGAUCUAUGAAACGCUGUAGACAUUUUUAUGUGAAAAAUGCACUUUAACGUGAUUGCGGUGAGUGCCUUUUAACCCUGUGGUGUACUUGCAAUGGAAUCCCCGAAUUCAAGCCCACUCAUAUUUAAUAAUUGUGGAUCCGCGCCUCCAUCUAGGACAAAUUCUUUCAAAAAUAAGCCCCGCGCUCGUGGGGUACAAAAACUCAUAGAUGCACCCAGACGAAACAGCAUGCCCGACACUGGAGGCAAGGAGCUUCUGGCCGUGAAAGAGGGCACUACUGCCGAACCUCUCCGUCGCGUACGGUCCUUUAAAAUGACGUCUAAAGGAAUCGUCAAUCGCGGCGACACUUUUCGUCAUAGCAACUCCAGUUUGGCCUCCGAAGGAAGUUAUUCGGAAUUUAUUUCUCAUAAAGAUAAACAUCCACAAAAAAUUUCAAGUGAACCGGAGAAUGUAGACCUGGAGAUUACGAACGAACCUGCCACCUCUACCACUAUUCCGAAUGUAUUCCGGGUGGCGCUUUGUGGCUCUGUUGGUGUUGGCAAAACUGCUCUUGUAAACCAAUUCAAAACGUCGGAAUACAUGGGCGGAUUUGAAAUUUCAAUUGGUGAUGUAGAAGAUGAAAUGACCGUGUCGGUACUUCUAGAUGGAGAGGAGUCCACGUUAGAAUUCCAUGACGUCACCGACAAUCAGGAGUUACUUAGGACGCUGACGGUGGACGCCUACGUGGUAGUGUUCUCAGUUAACAGUCCGCCCACCUUCCAGAUCGCCAAAGACAACCUCAACAAAAUCCGAAACGAUCUGAAAAUCAACAAAACCAUCAUCAUUGUUGCCAAUAAGAUCGACCUGGUGCGAAAAAGGGGCGUUCCGGCGUCUGAUGCAAGAAAAUUGGCAGAUUCCUAUAACUGUAAAUACAUAGAGACGUCUGUGGCGUUGAACCAUCAAGUUGAUGAAUUAUUGGUGGGAAUUUUACGACAAAUCAGACUCCAACAAAAUAUGAAAUCUGCUGAAAUCAUAUCCGAGUCCAACUCCAAUCCGAAGGUCAAGAGGUCGGGUGCUCUGGGGCUGCUCGAUAGGCUAUUUGGUCGAAAACCCAAAUCGGGGAGCACCUGCGACAACUUGUAUGAUGUGUGAAUUUUCAUAAAUCAUGAACUGCGUAAGGCACUUAAUGUACCAUACAUGCAUGUUGUAAUGAAGUAAUCUCGACACUUAUUGAAAACGCCAUUUCCCCCAUUUUGUCCUUUAAAACGAGAUGAAAGCAAAAGCUUUUACAGCAAUUAGAUAUGGACAGAUAACUGAUAAAAAUUAUCAUGGACAAUUGAUUUAUGGCUUUUUCACCAAUAUGUUCGUAAUCGACGAAUGGAAAUCCCGGGUAAUGCUCUUAUAUCGAUCACAACCGCAAUAUCCUACCAAGUCAAACCCAAAGAGAAAAUGGAAAUGAUACAUAAGCAUGUUAAUAUUGUUCAUAAAGACAUUAAUGGACUCUGUAUAGGUUUGUGUGAUUAUAUAGCGAUAAAACGUUUCAUUGAC